ACGGCUGGGAGUGAAAAUCUACACUUUCAUUUUCUAAGUCUGUGUAUGAUGUAUAUACUGCUGGGAGUUUAAGAUCUGAUGGUACAGUUCGGGAUGGUGAAAUCGACAUGCAGACAAACAAAAAUCUGUGAUCGCUGUGUCGACCCUAAUUGCAAUUAAGAUGUGGUUCCUUUAAGUGCAGUAAACAGUGAGGAGCAGUUGAGUUCGUGUCCGUGGGAUUAUUUACGCAAACUGAUUACUGAGUGUCGGGGAGUAUGGUCGACCACACCGUGUCAUAAGGAAAUCGUGUUUAUUUCAGAGUUUGGGAAUAUUGCGCCGUACACUUUAGAAAGACCAAAAUAUAUCUCUGGUGUUACAAGAGAAAAUCAUAGCCAGCCACCACGCUAUUUGUUUAUGUGAUCAGUGGAAUAUUUUUUCUUGCUAUAAAGAUUUUAUGAAUGUGUGAUAUCAGAAAAAAAUAUUUGGGAUAUAAAACUUGUGAUUUCAGAGGAUAUCUUCCGAGUUUAAGAUUUGUGAUGAAGUGAUAUCCAGGAAUAUUAUUAAUUAAAUUACCAGAUAGAUCUGUACAAUUAGUGUUUGUAGUGUAAUUGUUGUGAAUAUACACGUGAAUAUACACAGAUCGACUGCACUUGUAAUCCUCAGGAUAACAAUGGAGUUAUUUCUGCUGAACGUUGUGUUCACACUUUUCGGACUAGGAGUGGCCGAACCUGUGUAUUUCAUCACCAGUCCCAGUGUUCUACGUUUCAAUUCCAUAGAGACGGUGGCGGUAAAUGUGUUCGGUAUCAGUGACGUCACGGUUCAGAUCUAUCUGCAUGACUACCCAAAUAGAACGCGCAUUUUCUCACAAACUUCUGUUAUAGCAUCACAAGGACAUACGGCAAAAGCGCGUGUGCACGUGAGGCCGUCCGAUCUGCCGGACGAGGAGGAUAUCCCCGACAUACAGAGUUAUGUGUAUCUCGUAGCACGCUCGGACGAUCCGCGUCUGUCUUUUGUGAACGAAACCAUGAUAUUAAUGGAACGGAACACUGGAUUUGUGUUUGUACAGACGGACAAACCCAUCUAUACCCCUCACCAAGAAGUAAAAAUACGGGUUAUUACAUUAGACGAGGAAAGGAAACCAACAGCCUCACCAGUUACAGUUGACGUUAAGAAUCCACAAGGUGUCGUUCUCCAGCGAUGGACUGACUCCUACCAAGGUCGGUUUAUCUUGAAGAAGUUCCAACUGCCAUCAAUUCCGUACUACGGCAAAAACUGGACAAUCACAGCUCGCUAUCAUGACGGGGUAGACACAAGCCACAGUGUAAAUUUUGAAGUAAGAGAAUACAUAUUGCCACGCUUUGACGUUGACGUGGAUGUACAGGAUUUAGAGAUCAUUCUGCCAUCUACUGAUUGGAUCAACGUCACUGUAUCUUCCAAAUACGUAUACGGGAAGCCAGUGCUUGGGGGCGUGACCUUGACUUUCGGACUUGUGGCGGCUGGACAACACGAAACCUGUUCGAGGACGUUUAACAAACUUCUUGUAGAUGGACGGACAGACUUUGCUGUAAGUAUGGAAGAACUUAAAGAGAGCCUUGAAAGCUAUUGGUUCCCCGACGGUGCCCGGAUGUUAAUAGAGGCUGGGGUAACCGAUUUAUCCUCAGGCCGGAAGGAGACUGCUUACCACAGGAACAUAGUUUUCUCCUACUUCCGGUAUAUAGUUUCUGUAGAAAAAUCACAGAAGUACUUCAAACCAGGCCUUCUGUACAGAUUACAUGUGGAAACGUUCUGGGCUAACGGUAAACAGGAUGAGGCCCCGAACGUGGACAUUGCUGUACAGAUAACUCGCUAUAAUGACGCAGGCGUGCUUCACUCACUAAAUCGGACGGAGAGGACGGACGAGGAUGGCACAUUCCAGUAUCUCGUCAUCAUGGGUCAUACCGAGACACGUAUGGUCAUCAAGGUGAAGGCACUGGACCCGGAUGUGGACGAGGAUGAACAGGACGAGUCCAUAUUGGAGGUCUUACCGCUGUACUCGCCUUCAGAAAGCUACCUCUCAAUUUGGACUAACUUGCAUGAAACUGAACUGAUGGUGGAUACGAUAUCUAGUGGAAACAAUAACAGAUCCUUGUCGUAUUUGCUGAUGUCUGGAGGCCGGAUUUUAGAUGCAGAACAAUCUCACGAGAUCUUCCAUCGCCCUGUCACGGGCAAGAUGUCGCCAGGGAUCCGAGUCCUUGUUUUCUACACAGUCACCGAAACAGCACAAACAGAAAUCGUUGCCGACUCCACGUGGAUAGAUGUCAAGAACAUGUGUGAAAAGGAGUUGGGCUUAUCCAAGGAAAGGGGAAGAUUGGAGCCUGGAGAUGGAGAGGGAUUAACUUUGCAGGUUAGCGGGGCGCCAUCUAGUCUGGUUGGCUUCCUGGCCGUGGACAGGGCAGUCUAUCUCCUUAACAACAAGAACGUGCUCAGAAGACAUACGAUGUUUAAGCGGUUUGCGUCCCAUGACAUAGGAUGCGGCUUCGGAGGUGGACUGACACCAGCCGAGGUGUUUGAGGAUUCUGGUUUGGCAGUUAUCACCAAUGCUGAUCUUGAAACAGCACCCAAGGAGAAAACUGGGUGUGGUGGUAAAAAGCGCGGGAAACGUUCCUUAGAUGAGUAUGAAACCCUACAUACGCACCCCUGCUGUGUGGCUGGGGACAUGUUCGGGAGGGAUGGAGUGACUGAGCUUGAUUGUUACACAGAAGGCAAGGCCGUUUAUCUAGCCACCAACAACACUAGCUGUUCAAAGAUAUUCUUCAAAUGCUGUAACAUCUACAGACCGAUGGAGAUAACGGACAUGUACGAAUUUGGACGUGUUGCGCGUCGGGGAACCAUCAAGUACACGUUUCGCGAUGUUGUUGUUGACCUUGAAAACGCACAAGUAAGGUCAUACUUCCCUGAGUCGUGGAUGUUUGAGGAGGAUGAUUAUCUGGAUGAGAACGGACGCCUGGAGAAGAACUUUGCUGUGCCGGACUCAAUCACAACCCACAUCAUACAAGCUCUAACAUUAUCUGAGGAUUACGGCAUGUGCAUCUCCAAGCCAGAGCGCGUGCAGGUAUUCCGCACGUUCUUUGUGGAUCUCGAGUUUCCAUACAGUAUUGUCCGUUUGGAACAGGCCGAAGUUAGAGCGACAAUCUACAAUUACUCUCCCGAUAUGCUACCUUGUUUUGUGUACAUUGUCACGCCUGACGAGUUAUGUACUCCACGGUCCGAUAAUAGCUAUAUAAAGGUGGAAGUUCAUCCUAACAGCCCGGAGCCAAUCAAAUUCCCGAUAGUGCCACUUCAGGCUGGGGAGUUCGAGUUUGAGGUCAGGGUGUAUUCCAUCAACGGCACGAAUGAUGUUGUACGGAAAACGGUUUAUGUUAUCAAUGAAGGAAGAGAGGAAAUGAAAACCGUGUCGUUUUGGCUGGACCCUCAAGCACACAGGGACAGAGUGGGCAGUACAGGAGAUCUGACUGUCAACAUUAUGUACCCUUCGCCAUUCCUCGAGAUUCAAGAAGCCACCGUGGAUCUGACACUUCCAGAGAAGGCCAUUCCAGGGACCGGCAUGUGCAAGGUGUCAGCCAUGGGAAAUAUCAUGGAUGCGACGGUGCCUGUUGUUCUAGAAGGAGCGAAUGUUCUACUAGACAGAGUCCCCCACGGAUGUGGUGAACAGACUAUGAUACUCUUGGCUCCUGUUGUAUACACCAUGAGAUAUCUGCAGAGGACAGAGCAACUCACUAAAGCACUGGAGGACAGAGGCCGGAGUAGGCUCAGGCUAGGUUACCAACGGGAGAUGACGUUUAGAAAAAUUGAUGGGUCGUUUGCUGUUUGGGCACACAGGCCGUCCAGCACAUGGCUUACAGCAUUCGUGGUGAAGGUGCUAAGCGAGGCCACCGAGUUUAUUGACAUAGACUCGGAGGUGAUAUGUGCGGGCAUGCGUUGGCUAUUUAGACAUCAGCGAGGAGAUGGUGCCUUUAUGGAAAUUUUCCCUCUCUUUCACAAAGAAAUGAUGGGUGGCAUGAAUGGUGAGGUGUCGAUGACGGCAUAUGUGUUAAUAACGCUAAUGGAGGCUCGCUGCAGACCAAUCGAUACGGAGCAGAACAUCGUACUUGCUCUUCAAUACCUUGAGUCACAUCUAGACUUUAUUGACCAGACGUAUCCUCUAGUCCUAACAACCUAUGCGCUAGUCCUUGGAAACAGUCCAAGAAAAAUGGACGCCAUCCACUAUCUCAAAACGCUCUCCGUCGAGGUCAACAUUGUGGAUGGUGGUCAAGGCUUAAGGUACUGGUCUGUGAUAGACUUUAUAGGGGAGGUCCCGCCCUGGAUGUCACAUAACCCGUCCGCCAUUGAUGUGGAGAUAACGGCCUACGCGGUCCUGUCACUCCUGGGUGUAAAUGACGUCGGUUACGUCCAUAACGUCGUCGAAUGGCUUCUUACACAGAAAACUUCAACCGGGGCCUUCAAAUCUACACAGGAUACAGUAGUUGGACUACAAGCUCUAUCCGAGUACAAUGUUAGAUCGUACGAUCUAAAAAUAGACCUCCACACCAAGAUCAAAGUUUCAACCAACGACGCAAUCGAACACGACAUCGUUCUCUCCGAUGAUGACGUCACCGUCCAAAAAGCUGUACAUGACAUCCCUGUUGAGGGCAAGCUGAAAGUGACUACUGAGGGGACAGGGGUUGGUCGAAUGGAGGUUGAAGUUCGGUAUAAUGUCAACACGACAGAGGACGAGAGAUGCAAAUUCACAAUUGAUGUUUAUGACUCGGAGGUGGAAUUCAACUACUUCCAAAGCAAGGGACUCGCCACAGACAUGAAUUGUGAUGCCUGCGGGCACUGUGAACAGGAAUAUGAUGAAGACUUUGAGGAUGUCCUAGACAAAUAUAACAAGGUUGACUUGGAUCCCAGGAUAGGCGUUGACCAUCAGAGGCAGAGCUCCAGAACGAAAAGGUCCCCGGAUGUCAUGAGAAUGCACGGAGCUAGUAAAGAGCAGACCUGUUUGGAGAUCUGUGUGAGCUAUACCGGCUAUGAGGUGCUGGACAUGCCCGUAGUAGACAUUGGAUUGCCGACUGGGUAUAAUGUCGAGAGAGGAGAUCUGGAAAUGCUGAGAGAGAAGGGGAUUGUUGACAGCUACGAGUUAUCCAAAAGAUCAGUGAUGUUUUAUCUCGAUCAGAUUCCUGCCACUGAUGAAACAUGUUUUAAAUUUAGAGUAGUUCGCGAGUUUGAGGUUGAAAAUUUACAAGCUGCGAAAAUCGAAGUUUAUGAUUAUUAUAAAACAGAGGAAAGAUGCACUAAGUUCUACAGUCUGAAGUAUGAUGUUGCUAACUUGGAUAUUUUCUGUAGUACCAGUAAACGAGAAAACUGCCAUUGUGUAGAAGGGAAAUGUGCUGAGAGCUGGGAUACCAAGAUACGCUAUGGCCGUGUGUCCAAGGUGAUAUCUGCAUUCUACCGUAAAAUAUGCUUCGAGUUUGAUUUCGCACUCCGCAUAGAAGUGUCUAAUAUAGUUCAAAAAGGAAACCACAUGGUCAUUUCAGCUGUGAUCAAAGCUGUCACAAAAGCAGGUGCCGAAGAUUUAGCUGUGAAUGAUGAGAUUGAAUUCUGGAUGAACAUCCGCUGUAAAAUGUUACUGGAAAUCGACCAUAACUAUAUCAUAUAUGGCAUGGAUGGGAUUCCAUAUAUAGACCAGUACGGAGCAAAUCGGUACAGAUAUUUCCUGCAGGGAAACACGGUUAUACUAAAGGACUACACGCUCAGAAGAUAUAGCACUAAUACCAAACUGGAACAGUGGAAACGAAGCUUCCGUCGGAUGGAGAAUUACAUACAUCGCUGGGGCUGCUAAGGGAGAUAACUCCCAAUUCAACUGUAUAUAAGAAAGGGAGAUAACUACAAUGUAAAAGAUUAAUGAUAUUCCCAAUAUGACUACUAAACUUGUAAAAUGUGUGACGGGAAUGGUUUUGUGUUUGGUCGUUCGAUUAAAGUGACGUCUGAUGUCGGAAUAUCAUGUCGAUGUAUUGACAAGGCGUGGUAUAAGACAACUGAAAUAUGUACUAUGAUGUGCCAUUGUGAUUUGGAAUAAUUUGAUGUUGAAUAAAUUGGAAUAAAAUAUAAUAAAUGUAUUUUCAAUUUAGCAUUGAAGAUGAAAGAAGUAGAUAUUAAGUUUUAUAGUAUGUUUUUAUCUGUUGAAUAAUAAAUGUAAUCCUGAGUAAUA